UGCAACAAGCAACAUGGAAGAAAUCGGGAUCACAGUUUCUAAUAAAGACAAGGAUGAAGUUCCUUCAAGCACAGGAUCUAGACCAACCACAACAACACCAUCAAGUAUCUUAGAUACGCUAGACACAGAUGACCUUUACACAAGAUUCAAAAAACUUCAGCGACAGAUAGAAUUUUACGAAGUCCAAGAGGAGUACAUCAAAGAUGAGCAGAAGAAUCUGAAGAAGGAGUUUCUUCAUGCUCAGGAGGAAGUCAAACGCAUCCAGAGCGUUCCUCUCGUUAUCGGACAAUUCCUAGAAGCCGUCGACCAACACACUGGCAUCGUUGGCUCAACAACAGGGUCCAACUCCUACGUCAGAAUCUUGAGCACACUAGACAGGGAAUUAUUGAAGCCAAGUGCCUCUGUUGCUCUUCACAAACACAGCAAUGCGUUGGUCGACGUCCUACCACCGGAGGCAGACAGCAGUAUUACUAUGCUUGGAGCUGAUGAAAAGCCAGACGUUUGUUACUCAGACAUUGGUGGUAUGGACAUCCAGAAGCAGGAGAUUCGAGAAGCCGUCGAGCUCCCCCUGACUCACUUUGGCUUGUACCAGCAGAUCGGUAUCGAUCCACCUAGAGGUGUCCUCAUGUAUGGUCCCCCGGGGUGUGGUAAAACUAUGCUGGCCAAAGCUGUAGCUCAUCAUACCACUGCUUCCUUCAUCAGAGUAGUGGGCUCAGAGUUUGUCCAGAAAUACCUCGGGGAGGGUCCGAGGAUGGUUCGAGACGUCUUCAGGUUGGCUAAGGAGAACGCUCCGGCCAUCAUCUUUAUUGACGAGAUCGACGCCAUCGCUACCAAGAGAUUCGAUGCGCAGACAGGAGCCGAUCGAGAGGUGCAGCGAAUUCUUCUGGAGUUACUCAACCAAAUGGACGGAUUUGAUCAAACGGUCAAUGUGAAGGUUAUCAUGGCGACGAAUCGAGCCGACACCCUAGACCCCGCCCUCCUCCGACCAGGUAGGCUCGACCGCAAGAUUGAAUUCCCGAUGCCGGACAGACGACAGAAGCGUCUUAUCUUCAGCACAGUCUGCAUAAAGAUGAACCUCUCGGAUGAAGUGGAUCUUGAAGAUUAUGUUGCCCGACCAGACAAGAUCUCAGGUGCUGAUAUCAAUGCAAUAUGCCAAGAGGCUGGCAUGCAGGCUGUCAGAGAGAACCGCUACGUCAUCUUGGCCAAGGACUUUGAGAAGGGUUACCGUAACAACAUCAAGAAGGACGAGUCAGAACACGAAUUCUAUAAAUAGUUUCUUUAAAUUAUGUGCCACCACUUUAACUAAACAUCAUUUUGGGGAGUCAAGAGUGGCUUUCAGUCGAAUGUGUAAAUCACCGGUCAGACCCAGUUUGAUACGGUGUCUAGUGUUUUAACGCUACAUACAGUGGUGUCUAUUUCUGCCUUUCAUCUAUGUGGACCCUGGUUCGAAUCCCACUUCAGACCAGAGCCUUCAGGUCGGCUCAUCAGUAGUUUUUUUCCCUACCUUUUACCUCUGUGGACUCUGGUUUAAAUCCCACCUCAGACUGGAGCUUUCAGGUGAGCUCAUCAGUGGUGUCUUUCCCUGCCUUUCAUCUCUGUGGACCCUGGUACGAAUCGCACCUCAGACCAAGGUGUUGUAUGUGGUUUCAGUACCUACCUGAUUGCAAGGGAUUGCAUGGGGUUUUCCCGAUUGGGGUUUUCCUCUCACAUCUAAGACUCAUUUCUUCUUGUUUCCUACCCAUCCUGUUAUUGGCGCUAAUUGUGCUGUUGGGUGUGUAGUAAAUUAAUAUGUAGUAAGGACCUGAGAACAAAAUAAGUCUACAUUAUCUAGGGACUUGAAACACCGUGUGAGUCGCUGCUUGUUUAAUUAAGGGAAUAAAAGGGUAACGACAGGUUCUUCAUCGUUUAAAACUGGCAGGGUCGGCGGCCGUGUGAUAAAGACCCGAGCCGAAGGCGAGGGCCUUUAUCGCACGGCAGCGACCCUGCAAGGUUUUAAACGAAUGUUGGGUCUAUUUCAUACAAAAUGUCCACUAUUAAGUAUAAUUUGUAUGAAGUAAUUUAGUAUUACAGAUAAUUGUAAGAACCCAAAAGCUAUAUAGUAUUUCAACUGUUUUUGUUGCCAGGUUAAAACUUGUUGUCAUGUUUUGUCAAUAUUUUGAAAUAAAACAUUCUUCACUCAAA